AUGGCGGAGAGUCCAACUGAGGAGGCGGCGACGGCGACGGCGGGCGCCGGGGCGGCGGGCCCCGGGGCGAGCGGCGUCGCCGGUGUUGUUGGCGUUAGCGGCAGCGGGUUCGGGCCGCCUUUCCUGCCGGAUGUGUGGGCGGCGGCGGCGGCGGCGGGCGGGGCCGGGGGGCCGGGGAGCGGCCUGGCUCCGCUGCCCGGGCUCCCGCCCUCGGCCGCUGCCCACGGGGCCGCGCUGCUUAGCCACUGGGACCCCACACUCAGCUCCGACUGGGACGGCGAACGAACCGCGCCGCAGUGUCUACUUCGGAUCAAGCGGGAUAUCAUGUCCAUUUAUAAGGAGCCUCCUCCAGGAAUGUUCGUUGUACCAGAUACUGUUGACAUGACUAAGAUUCAUGCAUUGAUCACAGGCCCAUUUGACACUCCUUAUGAAGGGGGUUUCUUCCUGUUCGUGUUUCGGUGUCCGCCCGACUAUCCCAUCCACCCACCUCGGGUCAAACUGAUGACAACGGGCAAUAACACAGUGAGGUUUAACCCCAACUUCUACCGCAAUGGGAAAGUCUGCUUGAGUAUUCUAGGUACGUGGACUGGCCCCGCCUGGAGCCCAGCCCAGAGCAUCUCUUCUGUGCUCAUCUCCAUCCAAUCCCUAAUGACUGAGAACCCCUAUCACAAUGAACCUGGCUUUGAGCAGGAGAGACAUCCAGGAGACAGCAAAAAUUACAAUGAAUGUAUCCGGCAUGAGACCAUCAGAGUGGCGGUCUGUGACAUGAUGGAAGGAAAGUGUCCCUGCCCUGAGCCCUUACGAGGCGUGAUGGAGAAGUCCUUUCUGGAGUAUUACGACUUCUAUGAGGUGGCCUGCAAAGAUCGCCUACACCUUCAAGGCCAGACUAUGCAGGACCCUUUCGGAGAGAAGCGUGGCCACUUUGACUACCAGUCCCUCUUGAUGCGUCUGGGACUGAUUCGUCAGAAAGUGCUGGAGAGGCUCCAUAAUGAGAACGCCGAAAUGGACUCUGAUAGCAGUUCGUCUGGGACAGAGACAGACCUGCAUGGGAGCCUGAGGGUUUAGACCCUGCUCCCCUCUCCCCUCCCCCCACUCAAGAGUCCCAGCCAAGUCCCUCCCCCCCACCCCAGGGACGGAGAGGCACUGUGUAUCUCCCUCCAAACGUGACGUCAUCCCGCAAGAUGGCAAGAACCAAGCCAGCUCGGAUCCCAGGGCGCAGGAGUGGGGAGGCUCUUCCGCUCUGACCUCCCCGGCUCUCCAGCCCCCAGGGCUGUUCAUCCCGUAGCAGGGGCCACGGUACCUAUGCAGGAGCACCUCCAGGGCGAGGGCCUCUGGCAAAAACAAAACAACCGACACACCUCUGCACAGGGCCAGCUCCUUAGGGACAGGUGGGGGAUAGAAGCCGGAAGUCCAGGAGGGAGUGUGCCCGAAUGCUUUAUGGGGAUAUCUGGAAGGGAGCUCUGGGUGGGGGGCUGUCUGUGACACUUAAGCAGUCUGGGUGGUUGUCUGUCUGCAGUCUUGAAGCAGGGCUUCCCGAUGCCCUUUUUUCUCCCUGCCUCCUCUGCCCUUACUUCCCAUGGGCCAGCAUAAUUUUGUUUUUCCUAAUUUAUAGUCACUGUUCUAGACAGACCAAAGAGAAGGAACAGUGGUGGAGUCUAGGCUGCUGAUCAGUAAGCUUUACCUAGCACCUGAGCACCUUUCUCCUCUGCCCCCCACCCCCCAUUCCCUCGCCCAUUUCCAGAUUUAAGACAGAAGGUAAAUGUGACCAGGACUGAACCGAGGUCUUGGUAAAGCCUGCACAGGCAGCACGAGAAGCUGAUUUUGUUCCCGCAAUCACUGAUUUGAAAAGUUCCCAACACAGCCAGCCGCUGUGUGUGGGGAAUGAGAGCCACUAUGUAGAAUAGUCUCAGAUUUUCGUAAAUCCUAGCCACGAUGAGGGGGUUCCCCUGGGGGCGGGGUGCAGUGGGGAGACCAACGCUAGCCCUGUUGUGUUCUGUUUGGCUGUCCUUGUGUAUUUUUACCCCAGCCUCCAGUGCCCCCCCCCCCCCUUCACUUCAGUGCCCAGGAACGCGUGGGGAGCAAGGGUCGCCAAGGGCAGAGGGACUGGGGCUGGGACUCUGGGCUCUUCCUGCCUCCCUUCCUUCCCCCACCCCCCCUGCUGCUCUGUCACCGGCUCCCAUGGGCAUUCGCCUGGCUGUGUUGCUUCUCUGUAUCUAGCUGCAGUGGUCCUUUAGUGGGCUGGCUCAGAAAAAUGUGCUUUAGGCGCCCCAUUGUACUGGGCACCAAGGAAAUCCAGCCUUCCCCUUUUUGGUGUGUUCUCCCCCAUACUUUCCAGAUUCUUACUGUUAUGGCUCCCAGUGGGGUGUUGGUGAUCCAUGUGACGCAGGGCCUCGGUCAGUAUCCAGCCACGUGUAAGGGAGAGGAUAACCAUACCUGCCCUGCCUGCUGCUGGGGAGCCCUCUGCCCAGGGGCCGGGGGACUUCCCUGGGGGAGCUUGGGACGGGUUGAACGCAGAGGAAAAUGUUCUACUUGGGAGGGCAGGAAGCAAAGAAACUGGACAGGAAGUGGGCUUGGGGAGCGGAAGUUUAUCUCGGAUACUUAAAACUGGGUCUCUUAAUAGGGAGAUUUCAGAAAGGGACCCUGCUUCCAAUUUCCCUCUUCCACUCCCAGAGCUCGUACAGGGCUUAGAAGAAUGCCCUUGGUCUGUUGGUCCAGUGGUCGUCUGUCAUCCAUUUAAGUGUUCCCACUUUCAAGUGACAAUCCUCUCCUUGGCCCUGCCGUGGGCAGAGCAUGUCUGGCACACCAGCCUGACUUUUAUGCCCUAAUCUUGAGUUGAGGAAAUAUAUGCACAGGAGUCAAGAGAUGUCUUUAUAUCUGACUGUACAUAAAUGAAGUUUUUUUUUUUUUUUCUUUUUGGUGCAAUAAAGUUUGUUUUGGCAGAAGGAGGAAGCGCCUAUGGGUGUGGGAGGGUUUGUGUAAAGGGAGAAUGGGAUCCUCUCAACAACCACACCUCUCACCCAAGUCAAACUUGUCAGAGAAAGUGCUCAAUGCUUUGUCUAGAAGCUGAAAACUAGUUACAUGACGUGGGUGGAAGCAGGGCUGCUGGUGACGAGUUCCCCACCAACCAGAAGUAGAAGAGCCUCUUUUGAGACCACCUCUGGCAGUCAAGGACAGGAGUGCCAUCUUGGCCUCAGUUGCUUCCAAAGGGAUCCUUCUGCAGAGACUGGGAAGUGAGCGUGUCCUAGGAAGACCAGCAGAUGUAGAUUGUUGCUCUGGGUAAGGAAAGGGUGUCUUAGGUUCUGGGUAAUCCACAGUGAACUGGGUUUUCAGAUUUCUGGCACUAAAGCAGCCCUUAGGAAUUCAGGACUCAGAGGAUGGAGACAGCUUCAUACAGCUAGCUCAUCCAUCACUCCCUUCCCUAGUUGCUCAAGAAUUUUUGCUGCCUGGCACAGAGGCUUGUCCUCUUGGCUGACCAUGUGUAGAGUGUCCUGCCAGCCUAGGCCAUGUGAAGCCACGAUACAGGCACGUAAGGGCCCUGGCACCAGUGAACAUGGGCUCUGGCUCUUAGCUUUGCUUUGUAAGCUGGUGGCCCUGGGGAAUGAUUAUGUCAGUUCCUCGCCUGAGAUGUAAGGAGACCUUACUGAGCCUCUGAGAGUGGCUGUGAGGGGAUUAGGUGUUCAUAAAAUGGCACAGGGUAGCUGUUCAGUAAAUGAUGCCCUUCCCACCACUAAGGCUAGAGGAACCUGGUGAUCAGCACAGGAGGGAAAGCAAAGAUGAAACUCGAUGUCUUGUGGCCGCUGUUGGUUGAUGGUCCUAGGUUCCGUUGUUUCUAACACCUGUUUCCUUCACACUCAGCCAGGUCCAUCAGAACCCAGAAGGUCUAGAGCAAGCCAGAAGGACUGAGCGAGUGGCUCUUACUGGUCCUUUAGGGUCUGCUUGUCUGAGAUAAACCUUUUUAUAAGGACAAGGUUUGAAUUAAUGGGCUAUAACUUAAGUCCCAGGGCUACAGAGACGAAACUGUCUAGCCAGGAAACAGACUGCCUUCAUUCUAGACGCAGCUCUACCAUGAACUUGCAGAUGACCCACGCAGGUCAUUUCAUACGUGCUUGCUGUACUCUGUUACUCAGGUUAUCCUUACUGGAUAAAUGAAGUUUUCUCCAGUAAAGAUGCAACGUGAAGGCACUUUAAAAUAAAAUUAUGGGUGAAGAGUAUUGAGGGAAGAAAAAACUUGGAACUUUCUUUAAAAAAAAAAA